AUGUUGAAGCCCGCGCCCCAAUCUCUGCGUGAGCUCCCUCGGGCUCCGCCCGGGAGCCUCCCACCGCCGCCCGGCGGCUUCGGCCUGCCCCCGCCGCCGGGGUUCCCGGGGUUCCGGCCCGGGUUUCCGCCGAUGAUGCCGGGGAUGAUGCGCCCGCCAAUAAUGCACGGCAUGAGGCCCGCGCCCAACGCGUCGGUGCACCAGACGGGCCUGACGCCCUCGCUGCUUCGGCUGUUCGUCGCGAGACCUCCCGUGGAAUAUCAUCCGCCCCCCGCCAAGCCAAAGAAGACCCAGCCCUACACCGGCAUCGCGGACUACGUCAAGCUCUUCACCGAUCCCGAGGAAGAUCCUCCGCCGCCCCCGGCCGAGCCGAAGGAGACCAAGGCGGAGAAGAAGACCAGGAGGGCCGCCGAGAAGGCCAAGGAGAACGACGCGAGGAUCGAGGAGGACAUCACGAGCUGGAACCCGAAGGAGGAUCCGAAGCUCGCGGACUCGGACCCGUACAAGACCCUCUUCGUCGGCAGGCUGAGCUACGACGUCGACGAGGCUGCGCUCAGGCGCGAGUUCGAGAGAUUUGGGGCGGUCAAGUCCGUGACCGUCGUGGAGGACCAGGACGGAAAGCCUAGGGGGUACGCCUUCGUCGAGUUCGACAGGGAGAGCGACAUGAAGCACGCGUACAGGUCGGCGGAUGGGCUGAGGCUCGAGGGCAGGAGGAUCCUGGUGGACGCCGAGCGCGGGCGCACCGUGCCCGACUGGAGGCCCAGGCGGUUCAACGGCGGGCUCGGCGGGACCCGACGCGGGGGUAAGACCGAGAACAGCCUCGUCGCCGGUCGCGAUCAGGCGUACCACAACCGGGCGGCCCAGGAGGCUGGCGGCGGCGGCGGCGGCGGGUACGCGGGUCACGGAUACGGCGGGGGUCCCCAGCAGCAGGGUCACGGACACGGCCAAUUCGGCGACGACCGGCGCGACUCGCGGCGUGGCAGCUCCCGCGACUCGCGCCGCGACGAUCGGGAUCGCGGCAGGGACCGUAACUCGAGCAGGUACGAUCGCCGCGACGACAGGAGCAGGGACCGAAGGGACGACAGGCGCGACGGGGAUCGCGGCCGGGACCGGUACGACGACAGGGAUCGACGCGACAGGGACAGGGACAGGGAUCGACGCGACAGGGACAGGGACAGGGACAGGGACAGGGACAGGGACCGGUCCCGGGGCAGGGACAGGUACGACGACCGCGACAGGGGGUACAAACGCGACAGGUCCUCGUCCCGGGGCAGGCGGGACGACAGGGACCGCGAUCGCAAGCGCCACCACGGGGACGACGGCGCGUACCCGCCGCCUCCGCCCAACGGCGCCGCCGCCGCGGACGACGACGAAGAUAAGGAGGACGGAGAGCUCUGA